UGAAAGGAGAAAGAUGAAAUGGGAUAAGGAACGAGUGCGACAAUGAAAAUUGGGAGUGAAAUAGAUAGAGAAUAGAAGACAAUAGAAGAGACUAGAUGGCAAAAUCGGGAUCAACCCCUGUCACUGCCUCUGCAAAGGUUCACCCUUCCAACGAUCCCCAACUGGACCCAGACUCUUAUGCCCUCGAGAAGUUCAGACUCUACGAAACCAGAGCGAGGUUCUACCUGAUCGGAGUUCUACCUGAUCGGAGUAAGAGGUUCUUCCGAGUGUUGAAAAUCGAUCGAUCAGAGCCGUCAGAUCUGAAUAUUAGCCAAGACCCCGUCCUGUAUUCACCCUAGGAGAUCAAGAGCUUGCUUCAGCGGAUUGCUAAGGGUAACAGAGCCACUGGCGGCCUCACUUUCGUCGCUAAGGUUUUCGGAAUUGCUGGCUGCAUCAAGUUUCUCGAGUCUUACUACUUGAUUCUCAUUACUAAACGUAGACAGAUUGGUGCUAUAUGUGGCCAUGCAAUCUAUAGCAUCAAGGAGAGCCAAUUGAUAACCAUUCCACAUGUUUCAAUCCAAUCUGAUUUAGCUCACUCUAAGACUGAGCUCAUGUACAAAAAGAUUUUGUCUAGUGUCGAUUUCACCAAGGAUUUUUUCUAUAGUUACACUUACCCUAUAAUGCAAAGUUUGCAAAAGAACGUUUCUCCUAGCGAAGACGGAGGGAUGUCGUAUGAUAAUAUAUUUGUUUGGAAUGCAUAUUUGACACAAGCAAUCAGGUCAAGAUGCAAUAACACUAUUUGGACCAUAGCUUUAGUUCAUGGUCAUUUUAGGCAGAGUCGUCUAUCAAUUUUUGGAAGAGACUUCAGUGUUUCCCUGAUUUCUAGACGAUCUAGACAUUUUGCAGGGACACGUUACUUGAAAAGGGGUGUUAAUGAUCGGGGGAGGGUUGCUAAUGGUGAGACAGAGCAGAUUGUCCUUGAUGAAGAAGCUGGCUCUUGCAAGGGGAAAAUGAGUUCAGUUGUGCAAAUGCGUGGAUCAAUACCACUUUUUUGGUCACAAGAAGCAUCAAGAUUUAGCCCUAAGCCUGACAUAAUUUUGCAGAGGUAUGAUCCGACAUACGAAGCAACUAAAUUGCAUUUUGAAGACCUUGCUAAGAGAUAUGGCAAUCCAAUUAUUGUUCUGAAUCUGAUUAAGACAGUUGAGAAAAGGCCUCGAGAAAUGAUGCUGAGACGUGAAUUUGCAAGUGCUGUUGGUUAUCUUAACCAAAUUCCCAGUGAGAACCAUCUUAGAUUUAUUCACUGGGACUUUCACAAAUUUGCAAAAAGCAAGUCGGCCAAUGUUUUAGCAGUUUUAGGAGCUGUAGCAAGUGAAGCGCUUGAUUUAACUGGUUUUUACUACAGUGGUAAACCCAGUAUAAUAAAGAGGGCCAACAAGAGUAAUCGAACUAGCACAGGAAGGUAUGAUCUAUCAUUGAAAUUGUUACUUGACAUUCAAUACAGUGUUUUUCUUGUUUUUUUACAUAUUUUUUUUCGAAUUGUAACUCUUAACAUGGAAUUACAUUUUUUACUAUCCAGUAUUAUCUAACCAAGCCCUUUUGUUUUCCAUAAAAUAGCAAAGAUAGGAAAAAAAUGCAGGGUCCUGUUACCUUUUCCACCUCAUACUUCUGCUUUGAGGUUUGACCACCUGCUGCUCUAUAGCCUUCACUGUAAUAUAUGCUCUUUCCAGAAUUAAGAAACAUAGAACUAGAAGUCUCCAUGAAAAUCAUGAACUUUUUGAAUAAAUUCAUAUCCUUUCUUGUUUUGAAUAAAUUCAUAUCCGUUUGGA